UUCACUGCAUCUCAAGCUCAUGGACCCGACCAGAAAUGGAGAUUCUCUGUUUCAGAACGUUCCCUCCGCUCCCGAUCCUCCAAUCUACGCGACAACAGUAGCUUACAACAAGGACCCUUGCCCCAAUAAGCUGCAUUUGGGUAUUGGUGUUUAUCGAACAGAGGAUGGAAAAUGUCAUACGUUAAACGUCGUUAGACGAGUGGAGCGGACUCUAGCUAAUGAUCUGUCAGCUGAUAAGGAGUAUCUUCCUAUAACAGGAAUGCCAGAAUUUAAUAAAUUAAGUGCCGAGCUAAUAUUUAGCUCUGGCAGCUCUGCCAUCCAGGAAAGUAGAGUGACUACCGUUCAAUGUGUGUCUGGUUGUGGCUCACUGAGGCUUGGAGCUGAACUUUUAGCAAAACAUUACCCCCAACAAGUUGUUUACCUGCCUGAACCAACAUAUGGAAAUCAUCCAAAUCUGUUAUCUGCGGCAGGGCUAACUUUGAAGACUUACCGUUAUUAUGACCUAAAAACACAUGGACUAGAUUUUCAAGGCCUUAUGGAAGACCUUGGCUCGGCCUUAACCGGAGCCAUCGUGCUUUUCCACGCAAGUGGUCAUAAUCCUACCGGUGUUGAUCCAACUUGUGAACAGUGGGAACAGAUCAGGCGGUUAGUUAGACUGAGAGGCUUAUUCCCUUUCUUUGACUGUGCUUAUCAGGGUCUGGUAAGUGGAAAUCUAGAUGCCGAUGCACAGUCCAUUCGCAUGUUUGCUUGUGAUGGUGGCGAAUGCCUUGUGGCUCAGUCAUAUUCGAAAAACAUGGGACUCUACGGGGAACGCAUCGGGUCGCUUAGCAUUGUAUGCAAAACAGCUGAUGUGGCAAGGCGGGUCGAGAGUCAGCUCAGACUGAUCAUAGGACCCUUUUAUUCUAACCCGCCCAUUCAUGGUGCAGCCAUUGUUACUGCCAUCCUGAAGGAUAGGGAGUUGUACAAAGAAUGGACUACCGAAUUGAAGGCCAUGAGUGAUCGAUUUUUCCGAGUACGCCACCAACUCUACGAUGCUUUAUGCAAAAGAGGAACUCCGGGUGACUGGAGCCAUAUUAUAAAGCAGGUCGGCAUGUAUACGUUCACCGGAUUGAAUGAGGAUCAAAUUGACUUUCUGACUGAAGAACACCAUGUCUACAUGUCAUCUGAUGGGAGGAUUAGCUUUGGGGGCCUAAGUUCAAAGGCAGUUCCAUAUCUUGCAGAUGCAAUACAUGAUGCAGUUAGUCGUGGAUUUUAGCCUAAAGUUCAUCAAUUGGCCGCAUUUGGUUCUUUUAUU